UCUCUCUCUUUUUUCCCCUUGUAAUAGACUCUUUUAGUCUUUAGUCUUAACAACACACAAAAACCCUAAAACCACCUCUUUACAACAAACUAGAUCUAGCUAAAAAAACACAUAAUGCAUAGAACUCUCAGCGGAUUUACAAGCACCAUCGAUCACCAUGCUUUACAACAAGACAUCCUGGAGUCUAGCUUCAGACACGGUGGUGGUAGUGGUGGUGGUGGUGGUGGUGGUGUAGGAUCGGAAUGUCACUUGAUUAGGUCCCUUCUUUGCAACCUAUCCAUCUUAAAAGAGAGAGUCCAUGAUAUUGAAUCCUUUUUGAGCAUAUUUCUUGCCCAAGAAAAUAACAAUUUCCAUCCUUCUUAUAAUCUUUCAGUUGAUCAAUCAAUGGCCUUUUCAACCAUUUCUAACACUAUCAAUGACAUUGUUGAAACUGCUUCUGAUAUGAGACUCAGUUGCCAACAGAUGAUCUUUGAAUCAAAUUAUGAUCAUACUGUUGAUCUGCCCCAUAGUAGCAUGCAAAGCUUAGUUCAUGAUAAUGGACUAUUGGAAUUCAAUGAUGGGCAUGUAAUAAAUAAGGGCACAGAACAAGGGUUUUAUGAUGGGGAUAAUAACUUGUACAGUUGGUAUCUUCAAAACCCAACUAAUUUCUACAAUAAUACCAACAGCAACAAUGUUCCAGAAACUUCUAGAAGCCCAACAACAAGUACAACAAUGGAAGCUUCUCAGAAUUAUGAAGUGGUGGAACUGGAAGCAGCAGAUCUAUUAGCAAGAUACACACACUGCUGUCAAGUCUGUGGUCGAGGGUUCAAACGAGAGGCGAAUCUUAAGAUGCAUAUGCGCACUCAUGGAGACCAUUACAAGACAAGUCUGAUUAGUAACAAUACUUCAAACAAGAGUCUUAUUGAUGAAGAAAAUAACAACAGCAAAAAUAUGGUGCUUAGGAAAUACUCGUGUCCACAAGAAGGAUGCAGGUGGAAUAAGAAGCAUUCGAAGUUUCAGCCUUUGAAAUCGAUAGUGUGUGUUAGGAAUCACUAUAAAAGGACACAUUGUCAUAAGAUGUUUAUGUGUAAGAGGUGUAAUUUGAAGCAGUUUUCUGUGUUAUCGGAUUUGAAGACACAUGAGAAGCAUUGUGGGGAUGUUAAAUGGCAUUGUUCUUGUGGGUCCAGUUUCUCAAAGAAGGAUAAAUUGAUGGAUCAUGUUGGUUUGUUUGUUGGGCAUACACCUUUGAUUGUUGUUAGCCAGCUUGAAGGCCUCAACCUUCAGUUUUCCUAGCUGCAGGUAGAGGGGGAUCAGUGCAACCAGUGCAAGGAUUGCUAACGUGGCAACAUCUGAAAGCUCAGAUCAAGUUUUACUAAAUCAAGGAAUGAUCAAAGUCGCAUAAUAGAAGGUGCGCCUGCACGUUGUAAGGAGUACUUGGUUAGAAGCCUCGCUCACUGUACUUUGAUUGAGUCUGAUGGAAGAAGAAAGUUG